AUGCACGCCAUCCUGAUUUUUGCUACAUGGCCAGUCCCGGUUCAAUCACAACCUCAAGAUCCAACUUGGAACUAUUGUGGAUUGAUUACCAACGCCGCUAGACUUCUAGGGUUGCACGAGCCGGGCAGGGAGAAAGAAUACGGCUUUCCCAGAGCGACGCCAAGAGAAGUGGAGCUUCGAUCAAAGACUUGGCUCCAAAUAUUCCACCGCAACAUUACUUAUAGCUCUCGCAUGGGUGUGCCUCCAGCGCUUGCUGACGAGCCUACCUUACGCGGGGUUGUUGAGAUAGCGUCGGAAUUUAUGAUACAAGACCAUUUCCGUAUCCAGCUGGAGAUACUUCGACAAUAUGCCAAAUUCACGCAAGCCCUGCAACUUCAACCGGAUGACGCGGUUCGAGAUUCGCUUGUCAUGAUGGCGUCUGGCGAGCUUCAAACCCUUCGUAACACAAGCGCUGGCAAAUGGACAGCGGACACGGAGUUGCAAUUCCUGGGAGCAAAGUUGUUCCUCCUCGGCUGGUCAUUCCAGGGCCACCUACACGACAACGAGCUCUCCAUACCGGUUCCAAGAACAGCCUCAAAGCCGAACGUUACGCAGAAGCUUAUUUUCCAUGAAGCAUUGAGCUCCGCUACCAAUUACAUACACGCAUUCAGUGAACUUCAGAGUCUGAAAACCCCCAUGCAACCAUCUCCAGGCUCGAGAGCUGACAUGCAGCGUUCAACAUCCAUCAAUGACGACAUCCCAUCCCAGGUUUACUUUCCAAAAUACUACUUCUUCACCCUCUACUACGCAGCCCUGACCCUCUACCACUUCCUCGCUACCCUCCCUACCGCCUCGAUCCCUGAUCAAGACCUCGCCCGCAACCACAUCCGCCUCGCACACACCGUACUCAUGCGCUGUGCCCUUGGCGCCGAGAGCGAAUGGAUGCGCCUGGCGCAGAAUAUUGAAAUUGUGGGACAAUUCAUGAACUCGGGACGUCGACUACCGCCCGAGGCCCAGAUAAAGAGCCGGCUUGGCGCGCCGCUGUUUUACGAUGGCAUGCUCAAGAUCGCCGUGCUCAAAAGUGAAAGAGGUAGCAGGUCAUGGGCUAGCGAUUUGAGUCAGCAUCUACCGCAUGAAGGACAAGAAACAAAGGCGAAGGAGCAGGAGAUAGGUGGGCAUGAUGAACGUGGUAUGCACGAUGCUCCAGCGUCCUCCGCGGUCACUGCAGGGUAUGGACGAAUGGAUCCAGGGUCGGGUUCGCAGGGGCAAUUUAUACCGCAUGAGUGGGAUGAUACGCUCUGGGGAUGGGACUUGGCGAUGUUGGAUGCGGCAGAUUGGCAACUGGAUUGGAAUGGAUUGGAAACUUGGCAGCCUUGA